AUGUCGGUCGUCAAUGUGUACGCGACGUCAUCGACUACCGACAAUUUGUCUCGACAUGAGAUGUUGAUGUGGGUGAACGACUGCUUGCAAGCGCAGUUUUCGAAAAUCGAAGAGAUGCACACAGGAGCUGCCUAUUGCUUGUUCACGGACUUCCUCUUCCCCGGUGCCAUUCAAAUGAAGCGCGUCAAAUGGAACAGCCACUUAGAGUUGGACUGGCUAUCCAACUGGAAGCUUGUACAAACUUCGUGGAAAUCUCUAGGUGUCGACAAAAUUGUGCCCGUCGAAAAGUUAAUCAAGGGAAAAUUCCAGGAUAACUUCGAAUUUCUGCAAUGGUUCAAGAAAUUUUUCGACGCCAACUAUGACGGACAUGAGUACAACGCUUCGGAUGCUCGAGGUGGAGAGCCCCUUCCGAUUGAUCCAAAAGCUGGCGGUGGAGUCUCGAAAAUGCCGACUCGAACAACUAGCAAUUUGAAUACUACCCGGGCGCAACCACGCACCGGAUCAAACACACAAAUUACAGCGGCGGCUCCAAGGAAGAUGACUCAAACGACGAUCAAGCCGGCUGCUCCACAACCAACAGCGGCUGCGCCUCGCCCAUUAGCCCCGAAGACAAACGUGAACGUGCAGAAUGGUCAUUCUGCACCAAGUGCUGCCGCGAGCAAAGAUACGAUCAAGCUAGAAAAUGAGCUGAAAAAUGUACGCACUGAGCUCGACGAGGUCACAAGGCAAUUGAACGAAAGCGACUCAGUGAUUGCAAGUUUGGAGAAGGAGAGAGAUUUCUAUUUCUCGAAAUUACGUCAAAUUGAGAUCGUAUGUCAGGAUAACGAGACAAUCGGAAACGUUGAGGUGUCUCGUGUGUUGAACAUUCUCUACGAAACAGAAGAAGGUUUUGCGGCUCCCGAGGAGCCAGAA